ACGCAACACCACGCCCAGCUAACUUUUUGUAUUUUUAGUAGAGACAGGGUUUCACCAUGUUGGCCAGGAUGGUCUCAAUCCCUUGAUCUCAUGCUCCACCCGCCUGGCUUCCCGAAGUGUUGGGAUUACAGGCGUGAGCCACUGUGCCCGGCCUGCUAUGUUUUAAGUUUGUUACAAACUUGUUACCAAAUGUCGGUGUCCUAGAAGUUGCACAGACCAUUUUGAUUGGCAGAAAUAAAAAUAUACUCCCAGGUGGAGUGUUACAUAGAAGAGUAUCCCCUGGUUUCUUGGGGGUGUCAAUUCAGGGUUUGCUUGCUGUUUCAUACUAUAAAUACAUCUGGUUGCAAAGGGCCUAUAAGAAGUCUGUUUCCUGUUGCAGUGCGGUAAGGUAACCUUUUAAAGUGGAGACCGGUGGCCUGUUUGGGGCAGUUCCCCUCUAGAGGGAGAAUUUGUCUCUGAAGUACCAGGAGACUGCAGGAGAUUUUCCUGUGCCUUUCCUGCCCAGACACCAGCCCAGAACUCAGGUGACUUCAGGAGCGUUCACAUCCUGUUUGGAAGCAAAGUCUGCAAAUUGUUUAAUAGGCUGAGCCUUGAUACCCCCAUCCCUCUCAGCUCUAUCACAGGUCUGCUUUGCUGUUUUCUCUUGGCUGUGACAGUUCGCCUGAUGGUCAUUAUAAUAGCAGUUCACCACUAGUACAAACAAGAGUACCAUAUAUAAAUUCUGUGCACGGUUUACCAACAUUAUCAAAAAGUUCUAUUGUUCUACUGUUCUCAUUCUGUACUUGAUCAGCAUCAUAAUCAUAUCAACAUCUUAAUUUCUGGCCUAAACCAACCACAGAACCUUUGUUAGCCCCUUAUACUAUCCAUUGUCACCGAGAGUCCAUUUGCUAGAGCUUGUAGUGAUAUUUUAUCUAUUUAGAAGAGCACUGCAGCAUGGAUUCUGUGUCAGUUCCUGUACUCAUUGAUGGACUUGUUGCUUGUGUAGCCCAGUUAAUAAGAAUAGCUGAUGAGCUUUUACAAUUCAUUAUACAAGUACAAGAAGUUCCUUAUGUAGAAGAAAAUGGUAGAGCAGAAGAGACUGAAGCAGAUGCACCUCUUCCUGAGGAGCCUUCGCUACCAGAUCUCCCUGAUCUCUCAGACUUAGACUCAAUACUUACACCAAGAGAGGAUGAAGACCUAAUGUUUGAUAUAGAUCAGGCUAUGUUAGACAUGGAUAACUUAUAUGAAGAUACAGUCUCUGGUAUAAAUGAUGACUUAACAAGUGACUAAGACCCAAUUUCUGCCCCCGCCCCCAGGGAUGUGAAAACUGAUCAUUUCUCUGUUUCAAUAUAUUCUUAUUUUCUGUAUAUUAGCAAUAUGUGUUUUCUCACAGUUCUGCACAUUUUCAUUACUAAUAACCCAUAUAACAAGUAAGAUUUGAUUUACUUCUAGCAAAAGCUGAUCUUUUUUUCCUCUUUGUUGUUAUUCAAAAAGUUCUGGCUUUUGCCAUGUAGGUCUCCCUUUACCUGUACUUACUGUCAUGCUAGAAUUUCUGAUGAUGGGAGCAAACAAUAGUAAAGAAAAGAAAUUCCUCACCUAAUUAUGGAAGGGAGAACUGACAAACUCUAUCACAUCUUGGGACUAAUUUCACUGCUCUCCAAUGAAUGGAAAUGAAAAGGGGAAUAUCCCCCAGGGUAGCAUCACAGUAAAUGAAUACAUUCACAUUAACAAGACAAUGUUGGGAUGCUUUUAUUUGAAAGGAUAUAACUCCUAACUUAUCCUUUUAGAGAGCAUGUGUCCAACUAAAAAUGCUAUAGCAGACUAAGGGAGGUAAUUUUAAAAGAGCACUAUCUACCAGAUAAUAAAAGUGCAGAAGGGUUUUCAAAUGACUGUUGCCAAGGAGAAAACUGAAAAAGCUGGGACCAAGAGUUCCAAUGCAGGACUGUUCUUGCACAUUCUGACCACAUUGCAGCUACUUUGCACUGUUAUUCCCCAAAUGGAAAAGGCACACUAUACCAAAUAAUCAGAGAGAGAAGUAAUAGAAGGGCUAAGGAAAGCCCUACAAGGAUUAUUCACCAAUGGAAAGACAAACACUCACCAUAUUGGACUAGAUAUCUGUGGACUAGAUAUAGUCCUUAGGCACCAAAGCAGGACGAUGCUACAACCUCAUAAUAUGUGGAGCUGGCGGGCCCCUUGUUUGCCUGGGUCACCUGGACAGAUUGUACUGUAGUGGUACCUCAGGAACUAGACAAGAUAUAUUCCAGUGUUUGCCUUGAUUCUGUAAUUGUAUGUAAUUUAUCCGCACUGGAUGUGGAUAAAAUAUAUCUUCCUGAAUACAGCUUAAUUUAAAAAGAAUGGUUAAUAGGCUUAUUACAGUGAAUCUGCUGCAACCUCAGCCUAGAAAUAUUUACUGUUGAGAGAUAGGUACAGUAAUGAAUUUAGAUAAAAUAUGGGUUGGUAUUUAGCCACAAUAAUUUUGCAUAUGCCAGAAGGGGAAAAUGGAAUAGCUGAAGGACCCACAAAUCAAAACAGAAAGAGACAAAAUAAAUAUGCAGGAAAUUUACUGACCAUAUCAAUUGCAUGCCAUACAGUACCCUCAUUUUUAUUUGGAAAAAUAGCUACCUUUUAGACAAGCCCAUGGACACUAUGGUCCUCCUUCCUAGAGAAUGACCAUUGCAUCUCAUGACAUGGGCAACAACUAGGUAAAGAUAUAAAGGUAUAUCACUAGACAAUGUGUUAUAUACAAACUGCAAAGAAAUGAGAUGUAGAAGGAAAUCCACACUGGUGGAAAUUGGACUAUAGCAAUUCACAUAAAGGCCUAAAGCAUAUAGUCAAAAGGAUUAAAACGAUAUUUAACACAGAUGACUUCAGAGCUAAUCUUUGCAAAUCAGAAUUUAUGAAACUAUUCAACAUAUUAAUAUGAGAACUUUCUACAAUAGACUACUAUGUGAAAGGAUUGAUAAGAGUAGGUGAAGAUUCAGGAGACUUAGAGGAGCAAAGAAAAACACAAAUAGGAAAAAUAAAAAGUAUAUCAUAAAACAACAACUGGAUAAUUAAAAUCCACAUGGGAUAGCAGAUUGAGGGAUUUUACUGCCACAAUCACUGGACAAACUGAAUCUUACUAUCUCGCUUUCCCAGUAUAGGGGACUGUAGAUAUGCAGUUAUGUCAAAAAUGGCAAAUAAUUGAUGGAGUACAAAGUGACUAUGCCAAAUUAACCUAAAUAGAGUAGUAGGAAAGCAAGGUGAAACAGUUUAUCACUCCAUUCCAUUAGGAACAGUUUUACUAGAAAGAUUAGUGAUAAUAGUUAAACAAGAAAAGUUAUACAUUUAGUAAAUAAGAAUAAAAAUAUGAGAACUAGAUAAAAGUUAAAGGAACCUUUGCUUUAAUUAUAGCUUCAGAAACAGCCAGGGAAGAUACACACUCCCCACAAGGAUUUUGGACUUUAGGAAACUGGGCUAUAAUUUUGUGUCACAAUAAAACUCAAAGCAUAAAUACCUGGACAAUAUCAGAGAACAUAUCCAAGGAGAAGCCACCAGUCCGCUACAAAUUUUAUUUGGUGAGCAGUUUAACUGUGGCAGGACAGACCUGGUGCUCUUAAACAUGAUAGAUCCCAAAGGGUAGCUAUUCCUCUGAGUAGAACUUUGGAAUAUGGACUUUAUAACAAUUCUACAACAGAUUAAUGUAAGCUUGUUAAAACUGUUAGUGUAUUGUAAGAGAACACAAGUAACCAUACUAACUCAAGGAGGUUAUGAAACUACAUCAAGAGAGAUCUGUGAGACUACUCUAGACCUUGAAACAGGACAAAGAUUUGAACCAGCCCAUAAGACAGCCCGUAAUGUUUAAUAUAGUUCUUAGGCAUCAAAGCAGGACGAUGCUACAACCUCAUAAUAUGUGGAGCUGGCGGGCCCCUUGUUUGCCUGGGUCACCUGGACAGAUUGUACUGUAAUGGUACCUCAGGAACUAGAUAAGAUAUAUUCCAGUGUUUGCCUUGAUUCUGUAAUUGUAUGCGCUUAAGGAUUGUUAAGAUAUGACCCCUGCCCCAAGGAAUAGAUUGUUGUAUUAAGUAUGUUUUCUCUAUGGAACAGAAUUAGAGAAUAGUGAAAAGAAAUGUUUAGGAAAUAAGACAAUACUUAGGAACAAGAACUAGCGGGGAUGGUGUUUUCAGGAGAGAGAAGCAAAUUAAUAAAUUGUCAACAGUUAUGCGACUGUUUACGAUGGAAAGCCAUGAUAUGGAGUUAGUUUCUAAACAGGUUUAUGACCAAAGCCCUGUUUUUGUCUUCUGCAAAUUAGCCAACCCUAUGAUGUUGCUAUAAAUAGCUGGUAGGCGAUUGACAUAAGUCAUGUAUCUGAAAGCUCAAUUAGAUGGAGAAUUAUUAACUAGUUUAGUCCACUGAUUGGAUAUCUCUGACUGAAAUCCUGCAUCUCCUCCAGGAGAAUGGAGUGAGUGGCUGAUCCUUUAUGCAAAUUAGCCCUUUUCUGUAUCUUCUUAAGACCAAUGCUAAAGCCAAUUAUUAUAUAGCAUGGCAGAAAAGAGAGGGGCUCAUCAUUCUGAGACAAGCUUAAAGGUGUGAAAAUCAAGGAAGAUAGGCUGGUAGAUGGCAUUAGAUUAGGUAGUACAAGUUUUCAUCCUGAUUUGCUUGGGCUAAAAUAUGUGGGGAGUUGUGCCUAUAUAAAUUCUUAUGUGUGUUGAUUACUGCUAGUUAUUAUCUUAUGAUUGUUUACAAUCUGUAUUAGCUAUUGAUCUAAACCAUUUUAUUGUUUUCUUUCAAGAGAUUUUAACUAAUAAACUUUCAUUCACAAAUCAAAAAA